UGUUCGUUGACUUUUUUUGGUCAAAAAUUUUUUUUUUUUUUUAAUGAUAAUUAAAUCAACGUCAACAAUUCUCUUUUACCAAAUACUGAUUUCUAUUUAUUCAACUGAAUUUAUGUAAUAUUUUUAUCAUUAUUAUAUUAUAACGAAACUAACAAGGUUUUUUCAAUUAACAAAAAAAAUGGCCAAAGAUUUCAAAUGGAUGUUAUUGUUGGCUGCUGCUGUGUUGAACACCGUAAAUGCACUUUAUGAUCAUUCAUCCGAUGUUAUUGAAUUGACACCAACAAAUUUUCAAUCACGUGUAAUUGAUUCAAAUGAUGUUUGGAUUGUAGAAUUUUUUGCACCAUGGUGUGGCCAUUGUCGAAAUCUUGUACCGGAAUAUCAAAAAGCAGCAAAAGCAUUGAAAGGUGUGGUGAAAGUCGGUGCUGUCAAUGCUGAUGAACAUCAAUCACUUGGCUCACAAUAUGGUGUUCGUGGUUUUCCCACAAUCAAAAUUUUCGGUGCAAAUAAAAACAAACCGAACGAUUAUCAAGGACAAAGAAGUGCACAAGGAUUUAUUGAUGCUGGUUUCCGAGAAUUACGAAAUAUUGUUGACAGUCGAAUCGGCGGUGGUAGUAAAUCAUCAGGAAGCGGUGGUAGCAAAUCUAACGAUGUUAUCGAACUGACUGAAUCAAAUUUUGAUGAGAAAGUACUCAAAUCUGAUGACUUAUGGCUAGUGGAAUUCUAUGCACCAUGGUGUGGUCAUUGUAAAAAUUUAGCACCAAUCUGGGCUGAAGUUGCUACCGAAUUAAAGGGUAAAGUUCGUGUCGCUGCUGUUGAUGCUACUGUACAUCAAUCGUUGGCUAGUCGUUAUGAAAUUCGUGGUUUCCCAACUAUCAAAGUAUUUGCAGCCGGUAAAAAGGAUGGUAGCGCUGAAGAAUAUCAAGGUGGACGUUCUAAAUCGGAUUUUGUAAAAUUUGCAAUGGAUAAAUUGGAAGAAACCAUGCAACCACCAGAAGUUGUUCAGCUAACCAAAGGAACUGAACAACUGAAACAAGCAUGUGAAAAUUCACAACUUUGUAUCCUAUCCGUAUUACCACAUAUCCUAGAUUGUCAAUCCAAAUGUCGAAAUGAAUAUCUAGAUGUUCUACGACGAACGGCUGAACGUUUCAAAAAGAAUCGUUGGCAAUAUCUAUGGAUGGAAGCGGGUGCACAACCAGAACUAGAAACAGCAUUAGAUAUCGGUGGUUUUGGUUAUCCAGCAAUGGCUGUCAUUAAUGGACGUAAAAUGAAAUAUUCAUUAUUACGUGGAUCAUUUUCAUAUGAAGGUAUUGGAGAAUUUUUACGUGAUUUAUUAUAUGGUCGUGGCACUAGCCUACCAUUACGUACGAAUCAAUUACCAGACGUUAUUGAUACUGAACCAUGGGAUGGUAAUGAUGGCCAAAUGCCUGUGAUCGAGGAUAUUGAUCUCAGUGAUGUUGAUCUGGAUACAGAUCCAAAAAAAACUGAACUCUAGAGCCAUAGAUUUAAAACACUCCAUCUGUAAAUUUUAUUGUCGAACCGUUUUUUCUUUCAUAUUUACAAAGCACACACACAAGCACGAAUUUUGAUACAAAGAAUUUAUAAAAAAUAAAAAU